AUGAAGAAUCACCACACGCAGAGCUUGGUGGCGCUGCUGUCGAUCAGCGCGGCAGCCGUUGCUCAACAAACCGCCUGGGGUCAAUGCGGAGGACAAGGAUGGACCGGCCCAACUUCCUGUGCGUCGGGCUACACUUGCACAUACUCGAAUGCCUACUACUCCCAAUGUCUUCCUGGAUCCGGUGGUGGCGGUAGUAAUCCUACUACCACGACAACCACCAUGGUCCGGACGACCACGACUGCCUCGUCGUCGGGUCCAACCGGCGGAUCAGGCGGCGGAAAAGUCCGUUUCGCAGGUGUCAACAUCGCCGGGUUUGAUUUCGGCGUCAAGACCGACGGCUCCCAGGAUCUCACCCAAGUGGCCGAUGAGUCCGUGGAUGGUGUGAACCAAAUGCAACACUUUGUCAAUGCCGACGGCUUCAACAUCUUCCGUCUUCCCGCCGGGUGGGAGUUCCUGGUGAACAGCAACCUGGGUGGCUCACUGGAUUCCAACAACUUUGGCAAGUACGACAAGCUCGUCCAGGGAUGUCUCUCGCUCGGAGCACACUGUAUCGUGGACGUCCACAACUAUGCUCGUUGGAACGGCGGCGUCAUCGGACAAGGCGGUCCCACGGAUGACCAGUUCCUCAGCCUCUGGACUCAGCUGGCCACCAAGUACAAGAGCGAGAGCAAGAUCAUCUUCGGCGUGAUGAACGAGCCGCAUGAUCUGAAUAUCAACACGUGGGCCGCGACUGUGCAAAAGGCCGUGACGGCCAUUCGCAAGACUGGUGCUACCUCGCAGAUGAUCCUGCUGCCCGGUACUGACUACACCAAUGCCGCCAACUUUAUUGAAAACGGUUCGGGGGCUGCGCUGUCCGCCGUGACCAACCCGGAUGGAUCGACCACGAACCUGAUCUUCGACGUGCACAAGUAUCUCGACUCGGACAACAGUGGUACCCACGUCGAGUGUGUGACUGACAAUGCCGCUGCGUUCACCAACUUGGCCCAGUGGCUUCGCUCCAACAAGCGUCAAGCGAUGCUCACCGAAACGGGCGGUGGUAAUGUGGCAAGCUGUGGACAGUACAUGUGCCAGCAACUCGAUGUGAUCAACAAAAACUCCGAUGUGUAUCUCGGAUGGACCUCUUGGAGCGCUGGGGGCUUCCAGCCAUCCUGGAACUAUGCGCUUCUCGAGACGCCAACAAAUGGCGUGGACACAUACCUGGUCAAGCAAUGCUUUGUGCCCAAGUGGAGGAACUGA